AUGUUACUGCUCCGGAUGGAGUACGCAGACCGGCAUGAUAUUAUGCGUCCAUGGCGCAAACCCGCGCAAUGGACCCUGAAAGGACAUUUUUCUAAUCUCAUCCAACAGUGGACGACUGAACUGAGCUCGUUUCUUGACAAACCAGCGCUGCAGAACUCCCAGAUGCUGUCAUUUGCUAGUACCGGAUUCCGCACUGUACUCCAGGCAGUCUCGUACACGCGAAGGCUUGUCAAUCCUGGGUAUAAGGAGGAACUGCGUUUGGUCGAUGUGAAAGCAGGGUUAGUUGACAUGCUGCGACAGCUGAAGCAGAAAGCUGCUACAGACAGUGAUGUUGACCUCAACUAUGCUGUCAUCGCAGUGCCUGAGUUCUUUAACCAGACCCUCCGGGAGAUGGUGGUGGACGCAAGUCGGAAGGCAGGAAUCAGGUCGGCUCUCACACCUGUUUCUAGAACGACUGUGGCGACUUUUGUCUCUACGUCCACCAUAGCGAAUCCCCCUGGUCUAAGAUAUGCAGUCAUAGAUCAUGGAAUGUUUUAUCUCGAUUGA